AUGUUGAACCCUCUCCUCGUCCUGCUGCUGGCUGCUUUGGUCGCGGCUCAGGCCAACCAUGUCAUCUACGGCUUCGAGUACUUGGGAUGCGUCAGCGUCACCUCGGACAAGUUCGACGCCUUUGUCGACUUUGGUAGAGGUUACACCCCUGAGCAGUGCCAGUCUGCUUGCACCGGUCGUAACUAUGCUGCAACCUUCCCCGAUGGUUGUCGUUGCGGCAGCAGCCUCAAGAGCUUUCCCGUCGUCAACGAGGCCCUCUGCAGCAACUCGUGCAAUGGCGACACCUCGCUCGGCCAAUGCGGAUUCUCCAAUCCUCCGACCUGCAGCUAUGCCAAUCUGUACAAAGCUUGCAACGAGAUGCCGCCUCCCUCUACCCCAUCUCCCGCUGGCCCGGCCCCAACUGGUCCGGAUGGCAAUGAUCCGGGUCCAGAUAUCACGUACUCCACCAUCAGACUUCCGCCCGUCACCCGUACUGUGAAGCUGGCUACUAGAUCAACAGUCAUCGUCCAGACCAACACACCUGGCGGCGAUGGUCUCACCACUUCGUGCACCGUGCUCACUGGCACUCCUACUACACUGAUGCCAACUUCUCCUUCGGCUCCUACGGUGGUUGUCCAGACGGUCGUCGUCCAUGUCCCGCCCACGAGGAGUACACCCGGGUUGCAGAGUUACGGCAGUCUCCAGUCGGAUCCUCCCGUGGCUACCGCACCGCCGGUUGCGCCAUCGGCUGAGACAUACACCAAUCCUCCUCAGUCGACUCCCAGCAGCCCCAGCGUCACUAGUCUGACCCCGUAUGAUGACCCUCCCGUCCUGGUUCCUCCUCCGGGUAACGUCACCAUUCCUGUUACAACGUCGACUCCUCAAGUGCCGAUGUUCCAGACUCUCAUACUGACGGACGACCCUCCUGCCGCGACUGCGACAUCCACCCCUGCUGUCGUCACUCAGAGCUCAGCUCACCGUCUCAUGGCUGGAUGCGUUGGCAUUGUCGCCGGCCUCUUGAUUGCUAUGGGUUUCUAA